AAUUCAGUUCACCACUGGUAUCAACGACGGUCUACGUAAAUUGGUUCGAAUGUGCUGAGUGGAUAAACAGUUACCUACAAUAAUAACACGUUCGUACUUACUCAAACAUAUUUCCUCAUAUUCUGUUGCGAAUUAAAUAUUUGAUAAGCGUUAUUCAUAAGUAAUUCCUUUAUUUAUACCGUGUCUGCGUUUGUAAUUUCCAUAGAAAAACAGCCUGUAUUCAGUACAUCUUAUGUAACCACACUAAUCCGUUUACACAUCUCCAGAGAUAAAUAUUUUAAAGGGUUUUGUUUACUUAUUAAUACUAAAAACAUUAUCAAUGAUAACCAAUAAUCACUGAAAUCCAUGCAGUGUUUAAAGUGCAACUGAUCUGACACAACAUUAAAUUGGAUAAUGGCUGGGAAGAAACCCUUAGACGACGUGGUAAAACAGAAACUGAAAGAGUAUGCGGGUGAUCGUAGCGUGGAAGAAAUGUUGGAGUCGUUAAGCGAUAAAUUAAAAAAUCUUCCCGAUGAUUUCUUCGAGACAGCCUCCGGCAAGUUCGACAAAGUAAAAGAGGAGUUUGCCCAAGCUAGGACACGUCACUUUCUGUAUGCCAUGGGUUUCUCCAUUUUCUCGUUUGUUCUUUAUCUUUUGCUGGUUUGCUUUAUUUUGUUCAUUGGCUAUAAACUGUACGUCUCUCUGACGGAGAGGGAAAGGAAAAAGGAAGAGAAGAAACGUCAGAAACAACAAAAGAAGAAGAAAUAAGUUGGGAAACAAGGACCUGCAACGACAUUCCACUAUAUUAUAUUCGAUUAAAUCGUUUGAAUGUUAAAUCCGUGACCGAGAACUAUUUUACUAUAUGUUUUCAUGUUGUGUUUUAUAUAUAUUUUACUGUACAGUUGAGUAAAUAAAAGUUGUGUUUUAAAUA